AUGUCUUCACAAAGUAACGUGUAUUUUAUUUCUGGAGGCAAUAGAGGCAUUGGACUCGCUUUAGUCAAGAAGUUCACAGCAGCUGGUAAUUCAACAGUUAUAACUACUGCACGUAAUCCAGACGGGUCCGAUGAUUUGAAAGCUUGGGCUGAAAAACAUCCCAACGUCAAGGUUCUCAAGUAUAAUGCUACUGUUCACAGCGAUGCUGAUCAUGUGGCAAGUGAGGUUGAAAGACUUGCUGGCCAUAUCGAUAUCUUCAUUGCAAACUCCGGGCUGGGCGAAACUCCGAUGACAGUACUUGAAACUCCCAUUGAAUCAUGGACAGAGUUGUACAACACAAACGUUCUUGGUCCAAUCGUACUUUUUAAAGCAUUGUAUCCACUGCUGAAAAAAGGAAAUACCCGCAAGGUUGUUUUUAUAAGCAGUUAUUUAGCCUCCCAAACUGAUAUGGCAGUUGCGUUUAAGUCGAGUUCGUAUGGCCAGUCCAAAUCAGCACUCAAUUUCACUGCCAAGGAAUUGGCCCUGGAACUGGCCGAUGAGGGUUUCAUUAUUGUCCCAAUCCAUCCCGGUUUGGUUAGCAGCGACAUGGGCACCGGUUAUGUAAACAAUCUUGGCUCUGGUGAUCUGGUUGAUCAGUUGAAAAGCACCAUGAUCAGUACUGAAGAAAGCGCCAGUUCCAUCUAUAAUCUUGCUAUUGGCCUUAAAAAAGAGGACAGUGGUAAGUUCCUCAAUUACGACAAGACAGUAUUCCCUUGGUAA